GACCUGCGGCCCACCCAGGAAACAGCAGGUGUCUACCCAGCUGCAAGCUUAUCCUCAACUUCCUAGCGGCUCCCUUUGGGCUGCUGCAAGAGUCAGGGUUGAAUUGCGAACCGACCCCGGGAAGGGCGGGGCGCAGGGCCGCAGAGGGGUGGUGCAGGUGGGCGGGCCGCGCCUGGGUGAGAAGGCUGGGCCUAUAAAGUGCUCGCGGCCCUAGGGGCUAUGCUGCUUGUCGGAGCUGGUGCUACGUGGGCUUGGGGCCGAUCGCUGCUCGGGUCUGCAGGUCCCUGAGCCUCCGAGAGAGGAGGAGAGUGCCUGCCUCCGUUUACCCCGCAGCUCAGCCGGCGAGCGCGCCCGCCCCAGGGAACCCCAGGCAGCGCCCCGGAAAGGCCGUUCCGCCCCGCGAGGGAAACGGAGCCGUUGACCAUGGUUGCAACUGGCAGUUUGAGCAGUAAGAACCCGGGCAGCAUUUCAGAGUUGCUGGACCAUGGCUUCCACCCGGGGAGCCUGCUGAACGAUUUUGACUACUGGGAUUAUGUUGUUCCUGAACCCAACCUCAAUGAGGUGAUAUUUGAGGAGACGACUUGCCAGAGUUUGGUUAAAAUGCUGGAAAACUGUCUGUCCAAAUCAAAGCAAACCAAACUUGGUUGCUCAAGAGUCCUUGUCCCUGAGAAACUGACCCAGAGAAUCGCUCAAGAUGUCCUGCGGCUUUCCUCCACUGAGCCCUGUGGCCUGCGAGGCUGUGUUAUGCACGUGAACUUGGAAAUUGAAAACGUAUGUAAAAAGCUGGAUAAGAUUGUGUGUGAUUCGAGUGUGGUGCCCACUUUUGAGCUCACACUUGUCUUUAAGCAGGAGAACUGCUCAUGGACCAGCUUCAGGGACUUUUUCUUCAGCCGAGGUCGCUUCUCAUCUGGCCUCAGGCGGACUCUGAUCCUGAGUUCAGGAUUCCGCCUCGUUAAGAAAAAGCUUUACUCCUUGAUUGGAACAACAGUCAUUGAGGAGUGCUGAGGAGGAAACAUUUUAAAGGUCCUUCUUACAAUUGGAUAAUAAAACUGCGCAGCUGCCCCCUGAGAGUCAUCUGUAGUCACCCUGCCUGCUCUCGAGAAACCCCACACUGAGUCAUCUCCCUUCCAUGCCUCCACGUUGACAGCAACCCAACUAAAAGGCUGAUUGAUUUCAUGGCCUUUGAGAAAGGACCCGAGAAAGCGUACAUUCUCUGCCUGUAUCACAUGUUUUCACAAAAUGGCAUGGAGUAAAAGAAGCAAUCCACUUUAGUUUUCCGUGUGACCUCGCUUUUUCCAGGUAGUCUUGCUAAAGAGACUGUAAACCAACUGUGCCUAGUUCGAUUUUCAUAUGGCUUUUUUUUUCUAUAUGUUUCCACAGUGAUCCUUUCAGUCACAGAAACUUAAUGAUGCUUAGCCUGUCAAAACUUCCAGAGGCCCACACCAGUUUCCUGCCCCGACUCAAAUAUGAAGGGUGCCUAGACUGGAGGGUAGAAUGUAGUGGGCGAACUUAAUUAAAAGUUAACCCCGUGCAGGAAUGAAUAAGCAGUGUCACAUCAAGAACAGAGCUCCUUCCGUUUCUUUGCAUCCUGUCUGUGCUUCUGUUUCCAAGAGGCAGCGAAAGCGUGUAUUGUCAUUUCAGUCACCACGGUGUUGUUUUAGAUAUGGUACGUGACAGGCUCCCUUUUUCUAGUGCUCAAGUAUUGACCGUUAUUUUUCAACUCGAAAAAUGGAAAGUGUUGAACUGAUUUUUUUGGCAUCUAGUUGAUUACUCCUCCACUGGUGAAUGUGUAUGGGGCCGGGAAGUGAGUUCCCAGAUCCACUUCCUUUCUCAUUUGCUUGAUAAUGUAGCUUCUUUUCAUUAUUACGUAUGCUUAACUUCAGAGGAAGCCUCUCACUGUGUCGGUGUUAUCUGGCCCUGGCUUCUCCUGAGAACCGAAGUGUCUCCUUAACCUGAAUCUUCAAAGGAGAUACGUACAUGCUACCACUUUUCAUUAUCGGGAUGAGCCUAUUAAGUCCGCUUUGUCUUUGGAUAUCUGCUUUAUAGUAUGGACUAGAGAAUGAAAAUCAUGGUCUAGCUAACCAGGUUUCUUCAGCCUUGGAUACCCAUCCCUGGAGAACAAGAAAGACCUGUUUUUUUUCUUAUUCCAACGUGCUAGAUCACUAGCCAUCCUUGUUUAAUCUUAGAGUGUAGCCUCCCCACUGUGGUAUUCAAUUCAGCAGGACCCUCACAUUUUUGCCCGAAGUCACCUAUAAAGAGUUUAUUCAGGUCUCCCGCCCAAAUUAUUAGUACUGCUUUACAUAACUGAGGCCAGGCUCGUAGGGACAAAUGUCUUCAUCCAGGCGUUACUCAAAAGCAGGCGCGGCUGAUCCCAUAAGUGACCUAAAACUUAACUAUUCAAAUCAGCAAGCAGUCUAACAAAUCAAACUCUUCCUGUUUGGAAAGAUACCGCAAAGCUGAUCUUUAUAGGACUGGGCCAAGAUAAGUCAACCUUGUUUGCAUGUCUGUUAUUGUUUAGGGCUGCAAAGGUCACUGUGAUUCCUUGCGCAUGGCUUCUUGGGUGUGGAUGUAGAACCGCUGUCCUUCUUCCACUAACAGUUGUCAUUUGUCAUUGACUCUUGUCUUUUGUGCUCAUGAAAUGGUUGAUGGCUUAUGGAGAUUCUGAAAUUAAUAUUCCUGUUCAAGGAAAUUAAAGUUUGUCUAUUUUUGACAAUAAAGCUUCAUAUAUUUUUAA